CUACAAGUGGAAAACACAACUGGAUUAAUCGAGUUGCAUUCAAUGACACCGAUAACACCCUUACUAUCUCAACACCUAUGGAAGGAACUCAAAUGGAGUGGCCAAGUUCACUAGUUGUUACCCCGAGGCUGAUGCGACUCUAUUCACGUUCAUCUUUCUCCCCCGUUUGAACUUGCUCUCCACUCUGCAGGUAACUCUGCAAAUAGUUUAAUUACUAGUUUAAUCGGAUUCGAGAGAGAAGUAUACGAGAGAUUCCAGUCCCAGCUGGGUAGCUUAGCCUUUAGCUUUAGUUGGUUGAAUGAAGGAUUUGGAGGGAAUGAUAACUACCCGCCACCUCCAACCACCGCUGCCUACACCACCAAUCAAUUGCUCGCACCCUCUCCCUUUCUUCAACUUCAAGAAACUGACACCUCUUACCUUCCAAAACUAUAUUCCAUGCUCUUCACAUUUUUCCCCACCCAGCACUUGAAACCCCAAAAUUCUUUGAUUGUCUUCCAAUGGAGGGUUCGGGAUUUGGGGUUUCAAAGAUGGGUUUUGGUUGGAUGCUUGCGAUUCUGGUUGUUUUAUGGGGACUGAAUGCUUCCGCUCAAGAUAACGAGGAAAUUACUGAUAGAUGCAAUCUCGAUCUCUCUUCUUUUAUCCCUAACCCUUACAAUGACACAUCCAAGAUGGAUUGUAAACAGGUUUGGGAUACGUAUGUUCUACAGUACUCCCAAAGUAAAGAUCAUACUGUGAACAUUCUAUUAUCUGCUGCAUAUACCACUGGAUGGGUAGGAAUGGCGUUUUCGAAAGAUGGGAAGAUGCUUAAUUCCAGUGCCAUGGUUGCAUGGGUUAAUACAGAAGGCCAACCACAUGUCAGGCAGUAUUAUUUGCAGGGACAUGAGCCAUCAGAAGUUAUACCCGACAAGGGUUAUUUGCCACUAACUAAUGUUCCCCCUUUUGUUGCGCUUCGUGGGGCUACUAUAUACAUUGCUUUUCAGCUGAAAUUUGCUUCUCAUGUCACCGUCCAACCUCUUCUUUUUGCUUUCGGCAGUAGACAUCCGACAAAGCAUCACCACCUACAUCACCAUGAUGCCAAAACUAGUAUAUUGUUCGACUUCUCUGGAGGUCAUGUUUCUUCUGUGCAGUCUGCACCCGAUAGCAAUAGUCACAUGAGGAGGAACCAUGGCGUAUUGGGUUUACUUGGAUGGGGUCUGUUUCUUCCUUACGGUGCAAUCGCUGCGAGAUACUUCAAGCAGCAUGAUCCCCUAUGGUUUUACCUUCAUGUAGGCAUCCAGUUUGUGGGUUUUAUAUUGGGGCUUGCUGCCGUUGUAGUUGGAGUUUCUCUCUAUAGCAGACUGCAUGCCCAUUUUCCGGUACACAGAGGCAUUGGAAUCUUCAUUCUUGUGCUUAGCAUUCUCCAGAUCUUGGCGUUCUUCGCGCGACCCGAUAAGGACAGCAAAAUCCGCAAGUAUUGGAAUUUGUAUCACCACUGGGCUGGAAGGCUGGCCCUCUUGUUUGGAAACGUGAAUAUAGUUUUGGGCAUUCAAAUGGCUGAUGCAGGCAAUGGAUGGAAGGCAGGUUAUGGGUUCCUUCUUGGCACGGUUUUACUUGCAAGUAUUGUCUUAGAGGUACUGUCAAGGAGGGCGGGGAAGAAAGAUAUCUCUCCAGCCUUCCAAAUGAACUCAGUUUGAUUCAGAAGUGAUGCUCAACGACACUGAUCGUGAAGUGUUUUUGUCAGGGAGCAAGAGCAGAAGCAAAAGCAAGAGCAUGGCACAGGAUGGUCCUUGUUCAAGGAUGAUGUGCUUGACCUGCACUCAGCUUAAAGUACCAUAGGCAUAGCAACUGGUGUGUAAGCGAGUUUUAUACUGUCUGAGAAGCCUUCUAAUGCGUGAAUAUGAAUGCAAAAGAGAGCUCUUUGUUUCUUUUACAAACUUCUACAGCUUCACAUAUUGGUGAAGGAUUUUUUAUUCUUACGUUGUUGCCUGCGAGUAUUCUCCUU